AUGGCCAAUACUAGAAGCAUGACCAGAAAACUAAACAAGGAUGUUUCAGCAUCAUGGUCAGACCUUGACCAAGAUUUACUGCUUUUAAUUAUGAUGCACUUGGGAGUGCUUGAUUUUAUUGCUUUCGGUGAUGUCUGUAAAUCAUGGAGAUCAGUUGCGGUCUCUAACUGGAAUAAAUUUAUGGUGUCUAAACAACCCAUGUAUUUAUCCAUCUCUUCUCGUUUGAAUGACAAAGAGUGUUACUUAGAGGACUACCAAAGGAGAAAGUUGAAAACCACCAUUCCCCAUUCUAAUGGCACAAUUUGUGUUGGGAUAACUUGUGGUUACUUGAUUUUUUUUGAGAGGGAAGCCUGUGAUUUCUGGCUUGUGAAUCCCUUCACAAAGAAAGAACUUUGUUUCCGAGAUUUCCCCUUUGGUGUAACUCCUUUCCCAACACGUUUCAGGGGCAUUCUUGUCUUUUCACCAUCAAUGUUCGGGUGGGUGUUUGUGGUAAUCACACACGCAUUUGCCGAUAAAAUAGCUUUCUCUUUACCUGGUGAACAAAGUGAGUGGUAUUAUGCCACAUCCCCUAGCAUCAUCCAUGAUUUACAUUUUUUCAAGGGAAAAAUAUAUACGAUAGACUGGAACAGUCAGUUAUGUGAACUUAGACUUAAUCGAGAGCCCACCUUAACCCUACUGAAUAUGAAGAAUUUCCCAUGGGCACACAAUUAUAUGCUGGAAUUCCUAAGUUCAAGUGAAAACCUUUUUGUGGUGGAUGCAGUAGGAGAUGUGUUGGCUGUUGAAGCUGAUUUUGAUGAAAUGAAAUGGGUGAAUUCAAACAGGACGAUAGGUGCAUAUGCAGUUUUUUUAAGUAACUUCAAGUGUGCUGCUGCCAUUAGACCAGAUACGUGGAUCCACCCUUGGACACAGUAUCAGAGGCUUAAUUUCUCUGAUGGAUAUGAUCCUAGUAAGACAAGGAGAAUGUGUUUAACUACAAACAUGUGGUACUUUCCGCAUGAUUGCUUGAUUGAUACCGACCCUGGUUAG